UCGUGCGGCUGAGUCCUUCCGAGUUUGUGCAAAAUAAAUAAUUCAUUUUCCAGGAAACCUACGAAAUAAAGCCCUAUCGGUUGCUCCAAAUUUUCAAUAACUGCUAUUGGACAUUAUGUUUUGAAGGACUUUGCAUCCAACUGGAGUUUGGUUAACAUACAAAAUUUAGAGGUUUCUAUUGUCAACUAGGAGGUGCAAAAAUCAUGGGCGACGAGGAAUAUGAACGUUUCGAAAUAACCGAUUAUGAUUUGGAAAACGAAUUCAAUCCAAAUCGUUUUAGGAAAAAGCAAAGUAAACAGCAGGCAAUUUACGGCAUUUGGGCUGAUGACAGUGACAAGGAUGAUGACGAUGAAGAGACAUCUGGUCGCGGACGCAAGGGACGUCGUCGCAUGGGUCUGGGUGGUGGUCCAUCGGGAAGCAGAUCCAAAGAUUAUACAGCACCAGUAAGUUUUGUGGCCGGUGGCAUACAACAGGCUGGCAAGAAAAAUAAAGCCAAAGGCGAGGAAAAAGAUGAUGACCGAGAUUCAGACGAUGCCGAAAAUCCCAUUACCGAUGAGGAGGAUGAAUUGAAUGCCCAUCCUGGUUUUGGUGCUGGUCAAAGGCCGACACUAAUGGAUGCCGAAUCACCACAUACUAGUGAAGAUUCUGAAGAGGAACCAGAACGUAGAAUGCCACCACCAUCGAAGUCCAGUUUUAAGCAACAGACCGGUCACCUUAAAGUUGGUGCCUGGGAGCAGCAUACCCGUGGCAUUGGUGCCAAGUUAUUGUUACAAAUGGGUUACAAACCUGGCAUGGGUUUGGGUAAAGAUCUGCAGGGUAUUUCCCAGCCUGUAGAGGCUCAUGUACGCAAGGGCAGAGGUGCGAUUGGUGCUUAUGGCCCUGAAACGGCGGCCAGUGUGGGUGGUAAAGGGCACGCUCCCAAAAUCGAUGAAGAUGUCCGCGAGGCAAAGGAAUUCAAGGAGAAAUUAAAUAAGUGGAAGAAGGGAGGAGAUGGUCGUUCCGAUAAAAAUGCUAAACGUUACUAUUACAAAUCUGUCGAAGAGGUCCUGGAGAAGGGCAAAAGCUCGAAUUUCAUUAUUGGCGAUAAGAUUAGCAAAAAGCUUGGCAAUGUCCCUGUCAUCGAUAUGACGGGCCCCGAGAAACGUGUCCUAAGCGGUUAUCACGCCCUUGGCCAGUCAAAAGUUAUGGAAGAAGAUCUCUAUGAUGCGGUACAGGAAACACAGCCCAAGAAAACAACAGCCACAUUUCAAUUACCCGAACUUAUGCACAAUCUUUCGCUUAUAGUUAAUAUGUGUGAACAGGAUAUUAUCUCGCUGGAUACGGCAGAGAAUAAUGCCAAUGAACGCUACACGGCCUUGGAACAGGAAAAGAAGCAGUUGGAAGAAAUUGUUAGCUUAGAAAGAAAUCACAUCAAUACCUUGGAUCAUGUUCUAUCCAUGGUUGAUGAACUAACUGCGGGUGGCGAAGAUUUGAAGUUGUCACGGGCCGAAGAAAUAUUCUUGGAGUUACAGACAAAUUACGCCGCCGAAUAUAAACAAUUCGGUUUAGAUGAUUUGGCAGCUGGGGUAAUAGCUCCUCUGCUGAAGCAACAUUUGGCCGAAUGGAAACCCCUGGAGGCUCCCACACAAUAUGUGGAUGUUAUAAAGAAAUGGCGUACCAUAUUGGAUGUCCAGAAUGAGGAUAACUCGGAGAAACGUUCAAAUAUUUUUGAUCCUUACUCCUCGCUGAUUUGGGCUGGCGUAAUACCAAGUUUCCGUUCAUGUGCUGAAUUUUGGGAUCCCAAACAUCAUCAGUCGAUGGCAGCUCUGCUGGAUUGUUGGGCACCGCUCUUCCCCUCUUGGAUAUUGGAUUCAGUGUUGGAACAAUUAGUGCUGCCACGUUUAAGUGCCGGUGUCCGGCAAUGGGAUCCCUUGACUGACACCGUGCCCAUACACAUUUGGAUUUUACCAUGGAAUGCAAUUUUGGGUCAUAAAAUGGAGGAAUUUAUCUAUCCCACAAUACGUGAAAAAUUGGGUAAUGCUUUGCGUGCCUGGUUGCCACAGGAUCGUUCGGCCCGGGCCAUGCUUACGCCAUGGAAGGGGGCAUUCGAUGAUCAUCAAAUGCAGCUGUUCCUGCUGACCCAUAUUAUACCCAAGCUGCAAAUGGUCUUGAAUGAGUUCAUCAUAAAUCCCCUGCAACAGGAUUUGGAACCCUGGAACCAGGUCUAUGAAUGGCAUGAAUUGAUACCACCCGGCCAAAUGGCCCAAUUGCUGGAUAAAUUCUUCUUUCCCAAAUGGAUGCAGGUAUUGGUCAUGUGGCUCAAUCAAUCACCAGAUUAUGUGGAAAUUUCCCGCUGGUAUAGCGGCUGGAAAAGUAUGUUUUCCGAAGAGCUAUUGCGUGAGACCUGCAUAAAAGAACAUUUACGUCGUGCCCUGGAAAUGAUGCAUCGUGCCACAGAUCAAGUGGCAAAUGUGCCGUCAAAUUUGACAUCAACACCUACAAUGACCACAAGUACACCACCACCACCUCAGCCACCGCCACCUCCAAUCUUAUUAAAUAUGGAUAUGUCUGGUGCUGCCCCCGUACAAUUGGAAUUCAAGGAAUUGGUUUCACGCAAAUGUGCCGAACGGGGUAUACUCUUUGCCCCGUUGCCGGGCCGCCGUGAAAUGGGCAAACAAGUCUAUCGUGUUGGCAAAUUAUAUUGCUAUAUAGAUCGUAAUGUUUGUAUGAUAACCGAUAGUACGUUUAAGAAUUGGAUACCCACACCGCUGCAGCCAAUGUUGGAACGUGCUGUGACGGGAGUUUUAAAUUGAAGAUUGGCGUUAAGUUAGAAAAAAUGAAUAUUAAUUAAGUUUUAAUAAACAUUAGCGUUCACAUACUGUAAGUGAAGAGCCUAGGGAGGUGUCUUCUUCAGUUGCUAACUUGUA